CCGUCUUCAUAAACAAACACAUCUCUGUCACAUUCUCAUUCGCUCAACUUCAUCACUACCUACCUAUACAUUUUUCCACACUGCUUUUUGACAAAUCUACACGCUUUCUUUCUCUUUUUAACUUUCCUUAAUCCAGUCUCUUUGUUCCUCACUACACCAACUUUCAUCUUUUCAUAGAACUCGCUCCUCUUUCUCUCUUUUCCACUACUACACAUAGAUUGGUGUGAGAGAUUUUGAACAUUACCCACAUCAUGGAAAACAAUAAUCAACAGUCGUUCUGGCAAUUCAGCGAUCAACUUAGGCACCAGACAAACAAUUUGGCCAAUCUCUCUCUCAACGAUUCCAUAUGGAGCAAUUCGUAUGUGUCCAAGAGGCCUCAAGAGAGGCGUAACUUUGACGUCAAUGUUGGCGGUGAAUUCAAUUCAGUCAAUUCGUCCAACAGUUUGAAGGCAAAUGAGUCGGAUUUUAAUGGGUUCAGCCAUGGUUGGAAGAUUGGUGGCGGGUCUGAUUUUAAUGGGUUAGGCUCUUCUUCUAGUUUGGGAUCAAUUGGGCUUAAUGGUGGCUUCAACAAAGGGAUUAUUUACUCCAAACCUUCUUUGAAUUUCAAUCACCACAACAACAACAACAACAAUAAUAAUGUUAAUGUUGUUGUGAAUACUAAAAGCAAUAAGAAUGGUAGUGGUAAGGGCGAGGAUGAUUAUUAUUAUCAAAAUCACCAUGGAAGCAAGAGUGGGAAGAAGAACAAGAACAACAAUAACAGCAAUAAGGAUAGCAACAACAACAGUGACAACAACAAUAAUAGUAAUAAGAACAGUGUGGAUAAGAGGUUCAAGACACUUCCGCCAUCUGAGUCUCUACCCAGAAAUGAAACUGUUGGUGGGUAUAUCUUUGUCUGCAACAAUGAAACCAUGGAAGAGAAUCUCAAAAGGCAGCUCUUUGGCUUGCCUCCGCGCUACCGUGAUUCAGUCAGGGCAAUAACCCCAGGGUUGCCCCUUUUCCUCUACAACUACUCCACCCACCAACUUCAUGGAAUUUUUGAGGCUGCAAGCUUUGGAGGAACAAACAUCGAUCCAAAAGCGUGGGAGGACAAAAAGAACCCUGGUGAAUCUCGUUUUCCGGCUCAGGUACGCGUUGUGACAAGGAAAGUCUGUGAGCCAUUAGAGGAGGAUUCUUUCAGACCAAUUCUUCAUCAUUAUGAUGGCCCCAAGUUCCGCCUUGAACUUAACAUUCCUGAGGCACUCUCUCUUUUGGAUAUAUUUGCCGAGAAUGAUCCUUAAACAACAUUCAGAUACAAAGAAACAACAAUGCUACAGAAUUAAAGGCUAUACUUGUUUGGCUAAAAUAAUAUAUAUCGUGGUUGAGCUCGAAGAGUUUGGAAGUUGAAAAAUAGCCAUGGUCUGUGUACUUGUAUGUGAUGUGUUACUUUGUUUUUUAUGAAGGGCGUGGUGGUUUAUAUAAUGAAUAAUAGAAAAUAUAAAUGAGGAUUUAAAGGAGUUUUAUGUUUUGAAACUGGGAAAAUGUAGAGAGAUAAAAGGAGAUUACUAGACAUGAGAUAUAAUAAGAAUUGUUCUUCAGGAACUCUCAAAACCUUAAAAUAUAUCUUCAGGA